UAUCAGUAAAGAGAAAAACAAUAACAGAAGCCAAAAUUUUUUCUUUUUACCAAAAAAUAUCACAAAAAACGAUUUUUUUCAUAGGUAAUUGACACAAAUAAAGUUUUUACGAAAUGUACUUACGCAAAACAUUCCUACCUCGCUCAAUUCAGGAUGCAGCAGCGACUUUUUUCUUCGUUUUCAUGAUUCCGAUCACUUUUUGGUUCGAGCUGUGGAUUGUAAUUCCCGAAAUUCAUGGAAGCUGGUCCUUCUUUCACACAAUUUACUUUAUUUUGGGACUUUUUUUGCUCUAUAACAUCAGCGCGAACCUGCUUGCGGUAAUUCUCGUCGAUACAAGUACGAAGCCUUUGAUGAUAAAUCCGCCGCCUGAUGCGCAAACCAAAGGAUGGAUUUUUUGCGCGACCUGUGAAGCUAUUUCGCCGCCUCGUAGUUGGCAUUGCCCCGUGUGCGAUGUUUGCAUUUUGAAACGAGAUCAUCAUUGCAUGUUUUCGGGAUCGUGCGUCGGACACGCAAAUCAUCGAUAUUUCAUCAUGUUACUCGUGCAUCUCGUCAUCGCGACGGCCUUUUCGAGCAUUUACAACUCUUAUUAUUUGUGGUUUUUGCACGGCGCGGAUUUCCGAAAUUUAGUGUCGCUCGUUAACAUGCUGUUUCCCGUCGCUGUUCUCAUGGUCGAUAGCAGCACGAAACAAUAUUACCUCGUAAUUUACUUAAUUCUCGUUAUCGGGUCGUUGCUUGUUGGAGCUCUCCUGUUUUAUCACUGGAAUUUAGUCAGCAACGGGAUUGUCGUUCACGAAAAGAACAAAAGACCGCAAUUUUCCUACAAUUACGGCUUUUGGGAAAAUUGGAAAGUCGUUUUGGGAGAAAAAUAUUACCUCGCAUGGAUAUCUCCGUUCAUCGAAUCGCCCCAAAGUCACGACGGAAUUUAUUGGGAACCUGUUGAAACGAACAAAAAUCGAUAAAAUCAACAAAAAAAGUUACCAAAAGUUGCCAUUUUAUACCAAAAAAAUAACUUUCUUAAAAUAUUCGUCUUUAUUUUGUUUUUCUUCUUAUUUACAACUUUUUUUUUUUAAAGAAGGAUCAAGAUUAUUAAUUACCAUUUUUAUGAAGAAACAACUUUCUUAUUAAGUAAGUGAUUCAUCGACGAACAAGUUUUUUUCUGUGUAAGUAUUACAAGCAUUUUGUGUGUAAUUUUAUAGUUUAAUUAAUGACA